UUUUCUCGGGAAUACAGGUUACAAAUGCGGGCAGUUGUUCAGUGAUGGUGCGUGCUUCUGAAAGAUUGUGUUUAUAGGAUUUUAUUUGUAUUGGAUAUUUUUUGGUCUAUUGUGGGAUCAUCAACAACAUUUUUAUUUAUUCGUAAUCAAUUAUUUAUCGAUUUAAAUUUAAGGAUUAUUAUUUUACUUUAAAUUUUUUUUAUCUAAAUUUUUUUAUCAAUAAAUGUGAGUUGCUGAUAAUCUACUUGACAACUGUUAAAUAGACAAUAUUUUUCGUUUCUAUUUCAAUAUUUAUAUCGUACCGAGCUUAAUUUUACUUUUCAUGUGUUUUUUUAAUUUUAUAAUUGAGUCUUAAUUAAAAAUGAUUGGUAAUAUAAAGUCCGGGCUUUACCGUUCUAAAAAAGAUGUCGAUCGCCUAAUUGAAGAACACUUGAAAAAAGUCCCCAACGUACACGAGAAAAAACAAAAUGGAUUAUCUUUUGCUCGUAUGUAUUACAAAGUAUGCGAGUUUGAACUUGCUAAACAAUAUGUUAUGACUUACUUAAGCGUAAAUGAAAAUUCACCUGAAGGUCAUCGUUUACUUGGUCAGUGUUAUGUGAAACUUGGAAAAAAGGAAAAGGCUUUCUCUGAAUUUCAAAAAUCAUUAACUAUUUCUCCUAAUCAACCAGAAUUAUUAUUGUCUUGUUGUGAACUUCUAAUAGAUUCUUCUAUUAAGUUUGAUGAUAUUCAAGCCACAACAAUAUGUGAACAAGUCGAAGCAUUGUAUCCAUAUCAUCCAUCAGUUUCUAAGUUACGAGAAAGAUUGGUAACAUCUAACAAUAGUUAUGAUGCUUCUAAAGUUGGAAACAGUCUAACAGUGGAAACUAUAACGAGACCAGAUGAUGUGAAUUUUAGAAUAAAACAGUUAAAAUUAUUUGAAAGCACUAAUCGUUUACUUGAAGCCUUCAACUAUGUGAUUAAUAUUGAAAAAACCUCUAAUUUCCAAAAAAACAAUAUUGAUUGGUAUAUCAUAGCAUCCCAAAUUUGUGAAUCUUUUGAAAAUUCUAAUCAAGUCCAGUGGGAAUUUUAUUUGACAGUAUUACCUAUAUAUGACCGUCUAGUUUCAUUGAAGAUAGCCGACUUAAAAAAUAAGUGUAAUGAAAUAUCUGAGUGUUACAAAUAUCUUUAUAGGCUAGAUCAAGCUUUAUAUAAAGCUAUACAGAUGCCAUCUAUACAAACUGAAUUUUAUCGAAGUUUAAUACACCAUAUAUCAAAUCAGAUGUAUUUUAAUCUAGCUUGUCUUAUAAUGAAAACUGCCAAAAACGAUAAUAGUGUUUCAUGGCAAAAAACUAAUAGAUUGGCUGCACCUUUCUUUUUAAUGUCCCUUGCACCAACUGUUAACAAACAAGCAUUUGAUAAUAUGUCAAAGAAAGAAUUUAGUGAACAACAAAGAUCCAAUGUUUCACUAUGGGAAUCAGAAGGUACUAGAAGAAUAAUUGAAAGUGGCUUUGUUUUGAGAUCAAUGAUAGCUAAUGAAGAUGAACAUUUUAUUGAUAAUAUCAAAAUAUUGUACAGUGAGGGUAAUGAGUGGAAAAUAAAUACUUAUAAGAGGAUAUUUAUUGAUAUUGGUUCAUCUUUGGUGGUAUCUUCAUCAUUUUUUAUUCAGUAUUCAACAGAAAAAUUAGUGUAUUCUAUUCCAGAAUUAAUACAAUAUGCAGUGCCAAAACAUAUGUUAUCAUUUGAGUCGAGUCGUCCUGGUUCAUUGCAUCAUUUAGUUUGGUAUGGAUUGCAGUUAUUGGAAAACGACAGUAAAAACACUGGAUUACGACUAAAUAAAGAUACUGUCUUUCCUAUAGGUUUUAGAAGUAAAGGUUUUAAAAAUUUACCUUUAACAGCCAAUUCUUUUGCUUCUGUUAAUAUAGAAUCAGUAUGCCAAAUAGAUUUAAAUACUUUCUUAUAUGCUACAGUUUUUUCUGUUGCUUCAAUUCUUGACUGUAAAUCAUCAAAAAGUGAUUUUAAAUAUCAACAGAUAUGUCCAUCAGAUAUAACUGAAUCAUUAACUUCAAUAGAGCAAGAUACUUGGUGGAGAUCAUUAUAUAAAAUAUAUACUAAAGAUGUUGAUAUCAAAAAUACAUCUAAAUUGAAAAAUACAGUAUCACAAGGAUUAGGAGCAAUUCGCUUAAUUGGUGACCAUGGAAUUGAUGUACAAUUAAUGGUUCAUUUAGCCAAAAACUUUGCUUAUCAGGCAAAUAAAGUAGUGGAUGAUCUUCUCCUAAAAGAUGGAUUAGAAAAAAGAGCUAUUCUUUACUGGAAAAUGGCUGUUCAAUUACUUGAAAGAAUUGUAUAUAAUGGGACUGAGCAUCAACCCAAACAUACUCUCUUUGAAUUUUCAAGAAAAAAACUUACAUCCCUUGAAAUAGCGGAUUUGUUGGAGGAAGGUAAAUUUUAUCUGGCUUGUAAUAUGAUGAAUAAUGACCAAUAUGAGAAAGCUAUUGAAGCAUUUAAAAAGUUAAAUUCUCCAUAUGCAUCAUUUUACCAAGCUAUGAUUUAUAAAAAAAUGGCAAAGCAUGAUGUGAACACUUAUAAUGCUAAUACCAUUUCAUCUUCUGUUUUACUAUCUAAAGUCAAAGACCUAUUAAAUCUUACUAAAGAGCGCUUAAAAAAUAAUCCUCAACAUCCAUUAAAUUUUCAAGUUAAAGAUGAAAUUUUAGAAUUGCAAUUAGAAACUGACCUUAAUGGAACAGUUAAUAGUCGAAAAGAAAUGAACUUUGAUUCUGGAGAAGAAUAUGUAGAUACAAUGAAUAUAUCAAGUAGAAAAAAUCAACACAAAUUUAAUGAUAAGUCUUAUCAUAAUACCACCAGUACACCUGUAAAAUCUCCACAUAAUUCAUUAAUUAUGCAUUCUACAAAUAGUCGAAAACUAGAAGAUGAUAAUCUUGUUAUGAAAGAAUUGAAUGAAUUGAAAAUAGCUGUACAAUCACAAAAUGUUCAAUGUCAAACUAUGGGAUUACAAUAUUAUAAUUUAACUGAAACCAUGCGUACUUUAUCACAAAAAGUGGAUAAAAUAAUUGAUCAGUUAAAUAAUAUAAAAGAAUCCAUUGUUAAAUUUGAUAAUUUAUCAAAUAAUUUGCCCAUGAAGAUUACACCAGACACUAAAAUUAUUGAUAGAAUAAGCAAAUUUGAGGACCAUUUAAAUGAAAAAAUUAAUACGUUGAGUGAUAUUAUUCAGAUUAAACAAGAUGAUGAUUUAUAUAAUAUUUACCAAGAUAAUAAUACAUUUGAAGAGUCUCCUUUGAACCAACUUCCAUUAACAAAUAGUGAUAAUUAUGAAGUAUACAGUCAAGCAAAUAGCCAAACCAAUAAAAGUUUUUCUCUUUGUUCAAAUCCCAAUGUAAAUAUUACAUCUUCUGAUACUUUACCUGUUGGACCUCCUGUCUCUCAGCCUCAACUCAGUGUUAUUAUACCAACACAUCAUAUUCUUAGUGGAAUAAAUCGAACCAUUGAUUCUCAUUCUAAUCUACCUAUUAAUUACAAUAAUCAGCUUUUAGGAAAUCAACCUGAAUCUGCUACUUUCCAUAAUUUAAAACCAUCCAAUUGGCUAUCUAAAUCUUCAGAGAAACCUUCUGUUUUUCAAACAUCUUUAUCUACAUUUAAAGAGAGUUUAGACAUAUCUCUUAAUAAAUCUAAAAACACUGACACUGAUGAUAGUCAUACUGAAGAACACGAUCCUAUACCUGAGUUUCUACCAAUCAUACCAUUACCAAAUAAAGCUGAAGAGUUUACAGGCGAAGAAAAUGAUAUUGUGUUAUUUGAGCGCAGAGCAAAAUUAUAUAAAUAUACUGAAAAAGAAUGGAAAGAAAAAGGUGUUGGAGUUUUAAAAAUUUUAAGAAACAAAGACACUGCAAAAGUUAGGUUGGUUAUGAGAAGGGAACAAGUACUUAAAGUUUGUGCAAAUCAUUUCUUGUAUGACAAUAUGGAACUUAAACCUAAAAAUGAUAAGGCAGUAUUAUGGACAGCUAAUGAUUAUUCUGACACAACUCAAAUGCAAAUUGAAAAUUUAUGUGCAAGAUUUAAGUCUGCUGAAGAUUGUAAAGACUUUAUUAAAGUUUUCAACGAAACAAAACAGCCAUGUUCACAGAAUUCUUCAUUGGUUGAAAAUUCACUUACUAAUAACAAACAAAAUAUUUUUGAUGAAAACAAAAAAAAUUCACAAGGGCUAAGUGGUUUGUCAUUAUCUUUAGAAAAUGAAAAUUCAUUGAAACACACUUUAGGUGGGUUUACUUUUAGUGCACCCCCUAUUGUCAAUGAAGUAGUUGAACCUAAACAAAUAGAAAAAACUCCAGAAAAAUCUAAAGGAUUGUUCUCUAGUUUAAAAUUUUCAACGCCAGUUAUUAAUACUCAAGAAACUCCUACUCUAACAUCAAUCUUGACAAAACCUUUAUUUAGUAUGACAGAAAGUCAAAUUAAUUCAACAGAAGAGAAAAAAACUGUAUUCAAUUCACCUAUAAAUGAAUCUUUGAAUCGAAGUACUGCAAAUGAUAAUUCAUCAUUUAAUUUUUCUAAAACUGAUGACAAUAAACUACUUAAUUUCACUCCUAAAUUAGAUUUAACAUCUGGAUUAUCUGCAACAUCUUAUUUCAGUACAUUAGCCAAAAGUUCACCUUCUGUUGGUUUUAACAAUUCUUCUGAUUUUAAAGGUUUUCCAGGAGCUGGUAGCACUGUUUUUAAUAUCAAAACUAAUCCUUCUCCACAUGCUAUAAUAAAAUCUAAUAUUUCAAGUAAUGAUUUACCUAAUACACCAACUGAAGAAAGUGAAGACUUUGUUCCAACCGCAGAAUUUACACCAGUUAUACCAUUACCUGAUAAAGUUGAUAUAGUCACAGGAGAAGAAGGACUUAAUGUUGUAUUUGAAGAUAGAGCAAAAUUACUACGAUUUGAUUCAACUUCAAAAGAAUGGAAAGAAAAAGGUAUUGGUCAAAUGAAAAUUUUGCAUAACUCAAAAAAAGGAUACUAUCAGUUAUUAAUGAGAAGAGAAAUAAUAUUUAAAAUUUGUUGUAAUCAAAGACUUACUGCAGAUUUAGAACUAAAACCUGUUUUGUCUUCUGAUAAAGCUGUAUCAUGGAUUGGCCAAGAUUUUUCUGAAGGAGAAAAUAAAAGAGAAUUAUAUGCAAUUAGAUUUAAAACUGUGCAACAGUUAAAUCAAUUUAAAAAUAAAGUUAAUGAGCUGAAAGAAAAUAUUAAAGAUUGUGCUCCAGUAUCUAUCAAGCCAGAGAACAAUUCAAAUGAACUUUUAGGAAUUAGUAAUAAAUCAGAUAUUCAACAAAAUAUAAAUCUCCCUAAAUUAAAUGACUUGGCACAAUUCAAACCUAAGCCUGGUUCAUGGACUUGCCAAGGAUGUUAUUUAUCGCACGAAUCAAGUGUUCUCAAAUGUCCUGCAUGUAAUACUACUAAACCUGGUGUUAUAAUAGACAACACUACUGAAAUUAAAUCAUCAAACACUGGUUUUUCAUUUGGACAGUCAUCCUUUUCUUCAAUGUUUAAGUUUGGUAUGCCUCAAUCACAAUCAGAAAAUGCUCAAGCUAUUUCAACUUUUGCACCUAAACUUAAUACGUCUGAAUUAUCUUUUGGUUCACUAAGUGUAAACUGUAAUGCAUCUAAUAAUACAUCUCAGCAUAUAGAUCAAUUUAAACCAUUAACAUGGAGGGAAGAAAGUGCAGGACUCGUUAAAUAUGAUUCUGACAAAAGCGAUAAUAGUAAUGAGGAAGAAAGUGAUAAUGAAAGUGAUGAAUAUAACAAACCACAAUCUACAAUAAAAUUUGAAAGUUCUAAUCAUAAGUUUCCCAAUGUGAAAUUAGAAUCUCCUUUGUUAAAUGUUGAUAUAUUACCCAAACAUUUAGAAACUUCAGUGAACACAUAUCAAAACUUGGAUAAUGAUGAUGGUGUUAAAUUACUUGAAGUACAAAAUCUAAAAGAUAUAAUUUCUUUAGAAGAUCAAGUUAUGGCUGAAAAAACAAAACUUCCUUUAUAUUUUUUCUUAUAUAAGGUGAAACCCAAAUGUAAAGGAUGUAUUGGAUGUGAUGAUAAUCAAGACAAAGAAGAAUAUAAACCUGAAAUUACUUGUUCAGAAACAUUUUGUGAAAAGGAAACGGGAAAUAUCAAUGCAAAAGAAGAUACUUUAUCUACUAUUUCUGAUUUAAGUGAUUCAUUAAUAACAACAACCAAUAAUAUUUCACCAACAUCUUUCUUAUUUGGUGAUAAAACUUCAAAUGCAUUAAAAAAUAUCUCAACAAACCUUACUAUUUUUGGAUCCAAUCCAAUAUUUGGUAAUACUAGAACUAAUUAUGGAAAUUCUAGUAAUGAUAAAUCUAAUAAUAUUUUUGGUGUAUCUCCUACAACAACUCAAACCAAUUCACUUUUUAAUUUACCUUCUACCACCAAGCCACAGUUUUUUAAGUCUGAUUAUAAAAAGUCAGAAAACAUAUUUUCAUUUGCUCCAAAAUGUGAAAGCUCUUUUAAAUUUGGAACAUUAGAAAAAAAUUCUAAACCUACAAGUGUGUAUAUUUCUCAAUUAUUAUUUAACUCAAGUAAAUUUGUAUUCAAUAUUUUAAUGUGUAUGUUAGUUGAUCCAUGCAAUGGUAAAACUAAUCAAAAUAUAACUGCUGAGGAUGAAAAAGAAGAAAAUGGAGAAGAAGAAGUUGAUAAUAGUCAUGAUCCUCAAUUUGAACCAAUUAUACCAUUACCUGAAGCUGUUGUAGUUUCUACUGGAGAAGAAAAUGAAACUGUUUUAUUUUGUGAGAGGGCUAAGCUGUUUCGAAAAGAUGGCAAUGAAUACAAAGAAAGAGGAAUUGGUGAAAUGAAAAUACUUCAUCAUCCAAAUAGAAAAACCUAUCGCCUUUUAUUUAGACGAGAAAAAGUUUUUAAAGUUGUAUGUAAUCACCUCAUAUCAUCAGAAAUAACUUUAGUUCCAAUGAAGUCGUCGAACAAAGCGUUAUGCUGGGGAUGUAUGAAUACUACAGAAGAUAAUCCUAAAGCACAAAAAGAAUUAUUGGCUGUUCGUUUUAAAAAUGAAGAAUCGGCUCAACACUUUAAACAGGUUUAUGAUGAUUGUGUUUCAAAGAUAAGCAAUAACCAAUAAAAUAUCUAUGUAAUUUAAUUUUAAUUAUAAAAAUAAUGAAUAUAAAUUGAAAUUGUGCUUCUAUUAAUAUAAAAAUAAAAUUAAAAUAGUACUAGA